AGCGGCCGAGAGGAAAAUGGCUGCGAAUACCUCGGUAGUCUCUGUGGCCGCGGCGGCGGCCGCGGUACCGGGCGUGUCCCCUGGCGCGGAUUUCUCAGACUUGCGAGAAAUUAAGAAGCAGCUGCUGCUCAUCGCGGGGCUCACCCGGGAGCGGGGCCUGCUUCACAGCAGCAAAUGGUCCGCGGAGUUGGCCUUCUCUCUGCCCGCCUUGCCUUUGUCCGAGCUGCAGCCGCCGCCGCCUCUAACAGAGGAGGACGCUCAGGAUGUGGAUGCCUACACCCUGGCCAAGGCUUACUUUGAUGUUAAAGAGUAUGAUCGGGCAGCACAUUUCCUGCAUGGCUGCAAUAGCAAGAAAGCCUAUUUCCUGUAUAUGUAUUCCAGAUACCUGUCUGGAGAGAAAAAGAAGGACGAUGAGACAGUUGAUAGCCUAGGACCCCUAGAAAAAGGACAGGUGAAAAACGAGGCUCUCCGAGAGCUGAGAGUGGAGCUCAGCAGGAAGCACCAGGCCCGGGGACUUGAUGGCUUUGGCCUUUACCUGUAUGGGGUGGUGCUUCGGAAACUGGACUUGGUGAAAGAGGCCAUUGAUGUGUUUGUGGAGGCUACUCAUGUUUUGCCUUUGCACUGGGGAGCCUGGUUGGAGCUGUGUAACCUGAUCACAGACAAAGAGAUGCUGAAGUUCCUGUCUUUGCCUGACACCUGGAUGAAGGAAUUCUUCCUGGCUCAUAUAUACACAGAGUUGCAGCUGAUAGAGGAGGCCCUGCAGAAGUAUCAGCAUCUCAUUGAUGUGGGCUUCUCCAAGAGCUCAUACAUUGUUUCCCAGAUCGCAGUUGCCUAUCACAAUAUCAGAGAUAUCGACAAAGCCCUUUCUAUUUUUAAUGAGCUGAGGAAGCAAGAUCCUUACCGGAUUGAAAAUAUGGACACAUUCUCCAAUCUUCUUUAUGUCAGGAGUAUGAAGUCUGAAUUGAGUUAUCUGGCACAUAACCUCUGUGAAAUUGAUAAGUACCGAGUAGAAACAUGCUGUGUAAUUGGCAAUUAUUAUAGCUUACGCUCCCAGCAUGAGAAAGCAGCCUUAUAUUUCCAGAGAGCCCUCAAGUUGAACCCUAGGUAUCUCGGGGCCUGGACGUUGAUGGGGCAUGAGUACAUGGAAAUGAAAAACACAUCUGCUGCUAUCCAGGCUUACCGACAUGCCAUUGAGGUCAACAAGAGAGACUACAGAGCUUGGUAUGGCCUUGGACAGACCUAUGAAAUCCUUAAGAUGCCAUUUUAUUGCCUUUAUUAUUAUAGACGGGCCCACCAGCUGCGUCCCAAUGAUUCUCGUAUGCUGGUUGCCUUAGGAGAAUGUUAUGAGAAACUCAAUCAACUAGUGGAAGCCAAAAAGUGUUACUGGAGAGCAUAUGCUGUGGGAGAUGUGGAGAAGAUGGCUCUCGUGAAGCUGGCAAAGCUUCAUGAACAGUUGACUGAGUCAGAGCAGGCUGCCCAGUGUUACAUCAAAUACAUCCAAGAUAUCUAUUCGUGUGGGGAAGUAGUGGAGCACUUGGAGGAGAGUACAGCCUUCCGCUACCUGGCCCAGUACUAUUUUAAAUGCAAGUUGUGGGAUGAAGCUUCCACUUGUGCCCAGAAGUGCUGUGCAUUCAAUGAUACACGGGAAGAAGGUAAGGCCUUGCUCCGCCAGAUCCUACAGCUGCGGAACCAAGGGGAGACGCCGAGCACUGACACGCCUGGUACCUUUUUCCUCCCUGCCUCACUGUCUGCAAACAACACGCCUACACGCAGAGUUUCUCCACUCAACCUGUCUUCAGUCACGCCGUAGUUGACAGCUCUCAAGGCAGCGCACUGCUAGACCAGUAUUAAGCCUUACCUCCGGUAAAGAGCAGCCACGUCUGUUCUCCCAAGGACCUAAACUCUUCUCAUUUUUACAGAUAGAAACAGCCUUGGGGACAGCCUAUGGAAUCACCUUCAGAGGUAGACAGGAACAACGGAGGACAGUACUGACUGUCUUCUGUCAGCCAGCACUUCUCCCUUCUAUUCAGAAUAGCAGGUCUUGGCCCUCCCAUAGUCUCCUCACCUCCACAAAUCCCUUUUACAGCACUUUACCAUAAGUGAUGCUACAGAAACAAGGUUUAAUGAUGCUGGAGUGGGCUAGGCAAAGGGGGGAGUAAAGACUAUCCUGCUUGUCUUCUGGUGUAGUGAUGUCAGGUGUUGACAGGGUUUCUCUGUGUAGCCUACGAAGGGAUUACAGGCGUGUGCUGUGAGGCCUGGCUAGAAUGACCUUCGUUUUGCAGUGUGGUCUCUGAUGUCGGAGAUUAGGGUUAGAGUGUAGCUAUUCAUAUGAUCUUUGGGAGACUGCUUUCGAAGGGAGUCUUCUAAAACCUUUCAAGUGGAAGUCUGUGAGCAUGAACUGUAGCUCAUAUUGAGGGCCAGGAUGGCUACAGCAUUGGCUAUACCCUGAUGAAAGUCAACACAGGGAGACCAGAUUACAGAGAACUUUGUGGACAUUUGAAAGUACCUUUUUUUUUUUUUUUUUUUUACUUUUAUUUUAUAUUCUCUGUAUCUCUUUGACCUGGAAUAACUCUGUAGACCAGGCUGAAAGUACCUUUUUUAUUUCAGACAUUAAAAUCCAUGCUGAUAUUUUUUAGUUAAUGCUUGAUGUAAUUGUUUUUUCCUUUUAUCUCCAAAGAAUACUUUGUUUUCAACCUUGUCUGCAAGGUUGAGGGAAUCAUUUUAUGUUCUUGUAGUUUCAAAUACACUUUGAUGUUUGUGCUAUACGAUGCUAGCGACCAUUCUGUGUUUAAGAUGUAACCUUCCUUCUCUUGUGCUCAGAGUAUUUUUAUUCCCCUAUUACAUUUGAAAUUUUAGCUGUGCAUGAUGGUGCACGUCUUUAAUCUAGCAUUUUGAAGACAAAGGCAGGUGGAUGUUUUGAGAUUAGCUGUCUACACAGCAAGUUCCAGGCCAGUCUGAGCUACAUAGUAAGACCUGUCUUGAAAAAAAACCCAAACAAACAACAAAACAAAACCUUUUGAAUAUGUAUUGCCAUUUGACUCAUUUCGUAGUGCGCCUCAGGCUGGUUCCCAUUGCUGUUCCUGUCCAAGGGUCCAACGGACCAGAUGGUAUUUAUAUCAGUUUCUGUCCCCCUUUUUAUAUUUUUCUAAGUUUGGAAUCCAAAUAAAAGCAUAAACAGUG